CGGGCGGGGGCGCUGGGACUAGACUGCGGCUCCCGCCCGAGGUUCCUGGGAGCGUUUCGGGCCGCGAAGGUCCGCGCGAGGAGCGAGAGUGCACGGGAGCCAACGAGCGCGGAGUGGGCACCGGGCGGAGCGGGCUCAGAGCCCGGGUCUCCGCGGCUGGGGACCCGGCGGCGGGGGCGGCGAUGUUCCACUGCAUCCCCCUGUGGCGGUGCAACCGUCAUGUGGAGACCAUCGACAAGCGCCACUGCUCGCUGGUCUGCGUCCCGGAGGAGAUCUACCGCUACGCCGGCAGCCUGGAGGAGCUGUUGCUGGACGCCAACCAGCUCCGCGAGCUGCCCGCGCAAUUUUUCCAGCUAGUCAAAUUACGAAAGCUUGGACUUAGUGAUAAUGAAAUUCAGCGGCUCCCUCCAGAAAUAGCAAACUUCAUGCAGCUGGUGGAACUCGAUGUGUCCCGAAAUGAUAUUCCUGAAAUUCCAGAAAGCAUCUCAUUCUGUAAAGCACUACAGAUAGCUGACUUCAGCGGAAACCCACUGACCAGAUUACCAGAAAGCUUUCCUGAAUUACAGAACUUGACAAGUCUUUCUGUAAAUGACAUCUCAUUGCAGUCCCUACCAGAAAAUAUUGGCAAUCUUUAUAACCUGGCUUCACUGGAACUGAGAGAGAAUCUUCUCACAUAUCUUCCUGACUCUCUUACCCAGCUACGGAGACUACAAGAACUUGAUUUAGGAAACAAUGAAAUAUAUAAUUUGCCAGAAUCAAUCGGAGCUCUCUUACAUUUAAAGGAUCUCUGGUUGGACGGAAAUCAGCUGUCAGAAUUACCUCAGGAAAUAGGAAAUCUGAAGAACCUGCUGUGCUUAGAUGUCUCUGAAAACAGGUUGGAAAGACUUCCUGAAGAAAUCAGUGGCCUGACUUCAUUAACAGAUUUAGUCAUUUCCCAGAACUUAUUAGAAGUGAUUCCGGAUGGCAUUGGAAAACUGAAGAAACUAUCCAUCUUGAAGGUGGAUCAGAACAGACUAACACAGUUGCCGGAAACAAUCGGGGACUGCGAGAGCCUCACUGAAUUGGUUCUUACAGAGAACCGACUCCUGACCUUACCUAAGAGCAUUGGAAAACUUAAGAAGUUGAGCAACUUGAAUGCUGACAGAAAUAAAUUAGUGUCUUUACCAAAAGAGAUCGGUGGGUGCUGCAGCCUCACUGUGUUCUGCAUGCGUGACAACAAAUUAACUUGGAUCCCUUCCGAGGUGUCGCAGGCCACAGAGCUGCACGUCCUGGAUGUGGCAGGGAACAGGUUGUUGCAUCUGCCCUUGUCUCUGAUGUCCUUGAAGUUGAAAGCUUUGUGGUUAUCUGACAACCAGUCCCAGCCCCUACUCACGUUCCAGACGGACAUAGACCUCACCACAGGGGAGAAGAUUUUAACCUGUGUCUUACUUCCUCAGCUGCCUUCUGAACCUACUUGCCAAGAGAACUUGUCUCGCUGUGGUGCCCUGGAGAACUUGGUGAGUGACGUCUCCGAUGAGGCCUGGAACGAGCGCACAGUGAACAGAAUCAGUGCAAUCCGAUUUCUGGAAGAUGAAAAAGAUGAAGAUGACAAUGAAACGAGAACCCUUCUGAGGCGAGCCACCCCACACCCAGGGGAGUUAAAGAAUAUGAAAAAGACAGUGGAGAAUUUGCGGAAUGACAUGAAUGCUGCUAAAGGACUGGAUUCCAACAAAAACGAGGUCAAUCAUGCCAUUGACCGCGUGACCACUUCUGUGUAGAAUUUCACCUCCAGGUUUUACCUCCCACGUCUUCCCCUGCUGUAGAGACGUUCCAGUGUUUUGAGGAGGCUCCUGAAGUCCUCUUUCUUGACCAGAACCCCGCGCUUCGCCCCCCUGCGUCGCCGAGUGAAGGGAUGCUCUUCUUUCCGCGGAAGUGCCUUACUCUGACCCGUCAACCAGUGGCCUCCCAGCGUGACUUUGUUUCUGUCCCUCAACUUCAGCUGUUUGUACCAAGUAGAAUACACUACUGUAAACCUCUGACUUUUCUGGUUGUCUUAUGUUGGGGCAGGGAGAGCAAGAAGGGGAACUCGAUCUUCUUCCCUCCACCAAGUGCUGGGACGUUCUGAACCCAAGUUCUCUUGGACCUACUGAUGAGAGAGAGUUUUAUGUAUGGGGGAAAACUGAUACCUUUUUAAACCUUUUUGGCAGCUCAGAUGGUGUAAAUUUAAAAAUUUUGUAUAGGUAUUUCAUAACAAAAAAUAUGUAUUUCUUUUUUGUUAUUUUAUCUUGAAAACGGUACAUAUUUUAGUAUCUGUGCAGAAAAAACAGUCCUGAAGUAUUUGUUUUUAUUUGUACCAUCCACUGUGCCUUACCUUAUCCUGUGUCAUGUCAAACCAUUGUACACAGUGGCGUCCUUGAGAGGUGAGACAGGACUCAGAGUGCGGUACUUUUUAAAGCAGUGUUGGAUUUUAAUUAGUGAUCUACCUGGUGAAUUUGUUUUUAACCAAAAAGAAGAGUUACCACUGAUUUGUAAAUUAUAUUGGAUGAUUUUUUUAAAAAAGAUAAACCAAAGGAUUAGGCUGCUAAUAUUUCAUUUCUUAUACUUUAACUUUUUUAUAAAUGAGUCUCUUAUAAAUGAGUGCGGUGUCUGAUUGUUCCUACUCGGAAGGUAUGUGCCAUUUGUAAAAUAAAAUGGAACAGAAAAGCACAAAAAGAGAAAACUGGUUUUGAAACUCAUUGGUAAAUUAUGUACUGCAAAAGAAAGUAUGAUUUUACCGAAGAAAGCUUUAAAAGUUUUAUAUUGAGAUAUAAAACCACAAUAAAGCAAAAUAACCUACUAGACUGUAUUAGAAAUGUUGCUAUCUUUAUAAGUGCAAUUUAAUUUGUAAAUAGAGUUUGAAUCAAAGUGUAGAGAAAUACUGCUUCAAGUUUUAAUUUCAGUUCUGCUAAUUUAAGGAGUGUGGGGUAUAUUUUGGUAUGUUUCCUUGAUUUUUUUUUUUUUGUAUGAUGUGAUAAAAGAGGAAUGAAAAGUGCCAGUCACUAUGUGGUGUCUAGGAAAAUCAUGUUGUUACUGUUCUUUUUGUUUUCUCUCCAUGAAAUAAAGUCACCCUGGACAUUCGCCAGACAGCUUUUUAAAAUUAAUUAUCACUCUGCAUAUUCAAAUGAGAGCAGGUGGCCGAGUUUUUUGAUGAUGGGCUGCCUUCCAUUGGCUGCCUUCCAUUAAAUGUCUAACCUACCGGUCGGCUGGUUCAUCUCCCACAUGGGGUGGAACUCAGAACUGCCCUGCCUUCAGCUCUGCCUCAUAACUUUGGGGUCGCGUCUAGCCAACUGGACUCCUUAGAAACCUGCUUUCAGUCAACCUGCUACGAUACCUUCUUUUACUACUGUGCAUCUACUUACUGAAUUCACUUUGCUUUUAAGUUGCUUGUAUAUAUGUGUACAUUUUAAAACUAUGUAUUGAGUUGAAAGUACCUGACACAUAAGUGGUUUCUGACUUGUCAGUUUUAUACCUUGCUCCCUAAUCUGGGUACCCAUCUUCUCCAUUUUAAGAUGUAGGCCUACUCUGUUUUGUUUUAUAAAGAUGAUGCCACUAACUCACGGGCUGAUAGAUAAGCACAUUGGUUUUAUUUAAGGUGAUCUCUCUUGACCCUCAAGAACAAAUAGAACUUCCAUAGUAUUUGGGUGUUUUUGUUUCUUUUCAUAUAAAAUUCAUGCUUUACUACUCAGUUAAUCAUGGUUUUAGUGGAUUAAACAUGGACAGAA